ACUUGACGUUGCUCAGUAUGUUUUUAAGCUUGCUGAGUGCCAAGCUUUCUCGAGGGUUAUAGAGAAGGAUUUGUGGCUGUUGGCCUGAAUUAAGACAUGAAGAAAUACAGAGAACGAUGGAGAGCAAAUUCUGCAUUUUGACCGACACAGAAGACCUCAAAACCCUGAUUUCGAGUACCGAAGAGAGUCUGCAAAUUGAAAGGUAACGUUACUAACGUUUGCUAGCUAGCUAGUUGCUGCUAAGCGAACUAGCUAAUUUGCAUGUGAUCUAGUUAGCUAGACAAACCAACCAAUAAAUCCCUUGGAAAACAUUAGUAGAUAAUCCGACUUCAACAUUUUGCAAUAUUGCAUCCACACUUAAAUGCACCAACACGUGGGUUUUGAAGACUUCACUAGUUACAAUGGAGAUAGCUAGCUAUUAACGUUAGAUGGUCUGCUAAGCUAACGUCUACUAGCAGCUGGUGUAUACCAGGGGCGUAUUCAUUACGCUGGUUAUGUGGUCAUGGCUAGAAGGGAUACAGCUUUUGUCAAAUUAACGUCAAAAGUAGAUUUAUUUUGUGUGUAUUUUAGCUAACCCUUUCACUAAUUUUAAACUAAUUCUUAAAACCUGCUGUGUAAAUUCUCCAAACCUGCUGCGUAAAUUCUGCGUAAAUCCUCCUAACCUGCUGCUUAAAUGUCAAAUCUGAAAAAAAGCUGUAACCCAUCUAGUCAAACCCCGAUUCUGUUGCAAAACGUUACUUAAACGGAAGCGAACGAAACGGGGAGGGACCUACCUGCAUUUAUCCAAUAGAAACUCUCGUUUUAGUUGCGUUUUAAACGGUUUGGGAUGAUUACACCCCUGUGUGUGUGUGUGUUGCAACUUGAAUGUCAAAAGUAUCUUGGUUGUAUCGAAGCUACAUACAAGAGAGCAUUAAUUAUAGCUAGCUGCCAUGUUAGUCUUCAAUUCGAUUUAUCAAAUGAUACUGACUGAACACGUAUCAUAUUUUUUUUAAUAUAUUCAUUAUGUAGCAAGCUACCAGGGUUUGCAUUGCAAAUGUGCAUGUCAUCGUCAGAUCCGACAGUUGGCUUGCUACAAGAUAGGAUGACCACUGGUAUGAGGGAUGUAUUGCCAUGCACACUCAUACGUAGCUUAAUUAUUUAGGCAUUUAGUAAAUUAUGAAUACCUUCCUUCACCAAUCCCAUGCAGGAAAACUCUUAUUAAUCAUAAGGAAGAUGAAGGUAAGGAUUUGAGGAUAUAAGCUGAUCCUAGAACUGUGCUUAAAGGUUAAGUAUGUAUAAACCAAAUCUCUAUUUUUUAUGUAAAUAGGAUGUUAUAGAAGGGUCCAGACACCUUUUUGUGAUUUCACAUGUUUUAACUUAGCGCAAACAGCAAAUCACUUCCUCAUCCUUUUGUAGUAUGGGGGCCCUGAAAAACAUGAACAAAGGCUCCAAAUACAUCCUUUUAGAAACGGCAAAGCUGUCAGUACAGUGAUGCAGGUCUUUAGAUGUUGUACACGUUAAAUUGUGUCAUUCCAAACUUUAGCCGCAACGUUAUAUUCCAUUUUGUUGCGACUCGAGCGAUACCUCUCCAUCCAUUUUGCAGGUAACUGCUCAAUUAAAAUAAACACUUAAAUGAGGGAUACAAAGUAUGUGGACACCCCUUCAAAUUUGUGGAUUCGGCCUUUUCAGCCACACCCGUUACUGACUGGUGUAUAAACCCGAGCACACAACCAUGCAAUCUCCAUAGACAAACAUUGGCAGUAGAAUGGCCCGUACUGAAGAGCUCAGUGACUUUAAACGUGGCACCGUCAUAGGAUGCCACCUUUCCAACAAGUCAGUUCAUCAAAUUUCUGCCCUUCUAGAGCUGCCCCGGUCAUCUUUAAGUGCUGUUAUUGUGAAGAGGCAACGUCUAGGAGCAAAAACGGCUCAGCCGCGAAGUGGUAGGCCACACAAGCUCACAGAACUGGACCGCCGAGUCCUGAAGCUCGUAGCACUCUAGAGCAGUGGGAAUGUGUUCUCUGGAGUGAUGAAUCAUGCUUUACCAUAUGGCAGUCCGACGGAUUUAUCUGGGUUUGGCAGAUGCCAGGAAAACGCUACCUGCCCCAAUGCAUAGUGCCAACUGUAAAGUUUGGUGGAGGAGGAAUAAUGGUCUGGGGCUGUUUUUCAUGGUUCGGACUAGGCCCCUUAGUUCCAGUGAAGGGAAAUAUUAACGCUACAGCAUACAAUGACAUUCUAGACGAUUCUGUGCUUCCGACUUUGUGGCAACAGUGUGGAAGAACUUGACUGGCCUGCAAAGAGCCCCUACCUCAACCACAUCGACCCCAUAGGCCUAAUCACCAGUGCCCAACCUCACUAAUGCUCUCGUGAAUGGAAGCAAGUCUCCGCAGCAAUGUUCCAACAUCUAGUGGAUAACCUUCCCAGAAGAGUGGAGGCUGUUAUAGCAGCAAAGGGGGGACCAACUCCAUAUUAAUGUCAAUGAUUUUGGAAUGAGAUGUUCGAUGAGCAGGUGUCCACCUACUUUUGGCCAUGUAGUGUAUAUUGAAAGCAUGCGGUGCUUCCACACAGGAAGUUCCAGACACUUGUAGAAUCCGUUCCAAGGCGCAUUGAAGCUGUUCUGGCAGCUCGUGGUGGCCCAAUGCGCUAUUAAGAUACUAUAUGUUGGUGUUUCCUUUAUUUUGGUAGUUACCUGCAGCAGCAGGCUACACGAAAAAUGGAACAGUUACAGACUGCUCGAGUCGUGCAAAAGGGAAUAUAACAUUGCGGAUCAAGUUCUGAAUGACAACUUCAUGUGUACAUCUAAAGACCUGCAUGACUAUACUGACAGCUUUGCUGUCUCUAAAAGGACGUUUUGGGGUGUUUUUGGAGAUUUUGUUCAUAUUCCUUCAGGGCCCCCAUACUACACAAGGAUGAGGGAGUGAUUUGCUGUUUGGGGUAAGUUUCUCUAAAACGUGAAAAGGUGUUUUGGAUCCUCUAUGACAUGCCAUUUACAUAUUUAUUUUUGGUUGUAAAAAAUAACUUAUCCUUUAAGGGCAACUUCAACCGAGAGCGAAUGAUAACAUAUACCUUCAGGUCCCGUGUAGCUCAGUUGGUAGAGCAUGACGUUUGCAACGCCAGGGUUGUGGGUUCGAUUCCCACGGGGGGCCAGUAUAAAAAAUAUAUGCACUCACUAACUGUAAGUCGCUCUGGAUAAGAGCGUCUGCUAAAUGACUAAAAUGUAAAUGUAAUGUUGUUUCCCUAGGACCAAGACAUUGUUUGAGGAGAUCCGUGCAUCCAUCAACAACAAUGAUGAAGAGGACCGUUCCUUUUGGAGGCCUGUGCUCCCAUGGGGGGGCGUCUACACCAUCAGGGCAGGGAGGAAGGCCAUCUCAUGCACCCCUCUGUAUGUUAAGAUAAGCCUAAAGAACACCUGCACCAUCGAUGGGUUCCUCAUGAUUCUUUAUGUCAUUCUGAGAGACAACCAGAGCUUUCCCCGGGAGGUGGGCGUAUUCCUGGGCAGGCAGUUUGUGGAGCAUUUCCUCUACCUGAUGGACUCCUAUGACUACACCACCGUUAAGAUGCUGUGGAUCUGGGACAGGAUGUCCAAGAGGCAGUACCGCUCAGUGAUCCACCAUGCAGCAUUGGAGAUCGACCUAUUUGGUAACGAACAUGAGAACUUCACCAAGAACUUGGAGACAAUGAUGUCUACCAUGCAGGAGAGUCUGUGCACCAACUGGAGCUGUCCUGCUCGUUUCCAGGAGUUCAUACAGAAAACCAUCAACAUCAAGUAAGAGAGGCAAAGGCUAUAAGCCAAAGUCUGCACUAUAUCUCCCAGAGCUGGUUGAGCUUCUGCUCAGAGACCAGUAAUCCUUCAUUUGUAUGAAAACCAAUAGUGAUUCACUGUAAAUAAGGUAACUAAAAAGCUAUGAGUUAAAAUGGGAGGACCUUCCUUGUCUCUAUUGCUUGCUUUGCUAAUUCUUCAAUUCUUCUGCUUGCUUUGCUGGUCUACACCUCUGUCUUCAAGAGGCUUUUAUUUCUCCCCCUUGACACGCUGCUUGACUAAAAUAAGGUCCAGCUGUCUAAUGGGUCACAGUAUGAAAUGAUGAAGUGUGGUUGGUUUAGAAACAGCUCUGGUCCAGUCUCUGCCAGAGCCUUAUAAAGUCAUGUUUACCCAUGGUGGGCUGCAUGUAGACCGUGGAUUAUACUGUACCUAUUACCAAAUCCUAACCACUAUGUUAAGUCUUUCUUUCAGUUUGGAGAUUACGUGGAUUAAUUAGGUUAGUGUAAAUACAGUACAUGUAUGUAGCCUGAUACUGGUGGUGGAUAGAGUUUAUCACUCAAUGUAUAAAUCUGAAGCAUCUGGUUGGCAUUUCCACUCCCCACCAAAUAUGGUGAGGAUAGGAAGCCCAGUGGCCAGCAGUGGGAGAGUAUAAUAAUAAUAAUAUGCCAUUUAGCAGACGCUUUUAUCCAAAGCGACUUACAGUCAUGCGUGCAUACAUUUUUUUGUGUAUGGGUGGUCCCGGGGAUCGAACCCACUACCUUGGCGUUACAAGCGCGGUGCUCUACCAGCUGAGCUACAGAGGACCAUAGACGGGUUGGUUGGUAUAGGCGGGUUGGUUUUUUAGUAACAAAACCAACGCGUGCGCAACUAUUGGGCAAAACGGACAGGGUUGGUUUAGAUUGUUGACAACAUGUAAACUAUAUAUUUCGUCUCCAAUGUUUAUUGAAAACAAAUACAUUUGCACAAUGAGCACUUGUCUCUCAAAUACACUGUGACAAUUGUUGGUUAGAUAGCUAAUUUUUGCCCCUCGCCUUUACCCUCAGAACAGCCUCAAUUCGUUGAGGCAUGGACUCUACAAGGUGUCGAGAGCAUCCACAGCCUAUGUUGACUCCAAUGCUUCCGACAGUUGUGUCAAGUUGGCUGGAUGUCCUUUGGGUGGUGGAUCAUUCUUGAUACACAUGGGAAACUGUUGGGCUUGAAAAACCUAGCAGCGUUGCAGUUUUUGACAUAAACCGGUGCGCCUGGCACCUACUACCAUAUCCCGUUCAAAGGCACUUACAUGUUUUGUCUUGCCAUUUCACCCUCUGAAUGGCUCACAUACACAAUCUAUGUCUCAAGGCUUAAAAAUCAUUCUUUAACCCGUCUCAUCCCCUUCAUCAACACUGAUUUUGAAGUGGAUUUAACAAGUGACAUCAAUAAGGGAUCAUAGCGUUUACCUGAAUUCACCUGGUCAGUCUGUCAUGGAAAGAGCAGGUGUCCUUAAUGUUUUGUACACUCUGUGUAUAUUUGGUUUAACUACAUGGUGUUCAGAGUCAGCCUUCUUACCCUUUUUCUUCCCUCCCAGUCCUCCUCAUGAGCUGCCCCCUAGAGAUCCCAUUCAGUCAGCAGUGGAUGAGUUCUUCUGUCCCAAGAUCAUUCUCUGCAAAGAACUGGGGUGAGAGACAUAAUGUAAAAAAAAAAAAAAAGACAUAUAUUGGCUCCUCUCCGGAGGACAAAAGUAACUUUGUUUUACAUUUGAGUUUUGUACAGCUAUUCUGUUACAUAUACAUCAUUCAUACAUUUUUACAUACAUGGUGCUUUUAUACACAGUAUUACAUUACAUAAAUAUUGUUUGAUAUACACAGUACACAUUAAAAUAUACUCCUACAUAUACGGUAUACAUUAUAGUGUAUUCAGAAAGUAUUCAGACCCCUUCACUUUUUCCACAUUUUGUUACGUUACAGCCUUAUUCUAAAAUUGAUUAAAUUGUUUUUUUUCCCCUCAUCAAUCUAUACACUACCCCAUAAUGACAAAGCAAAAACAGGUUUUUAGAAAUAUUUGCUAAUUUUUAUUUAUAUAUAUAUAUAUAUAUAUAUAUAUAAAUAAAAUGAAAUCACAUUUACAUAAGUAUUCAGACUCUUUACUCAGUACUUUGUUGAAGCACCUUUUGCAGAGAUUACAGCCUUGUGUCUUCUUGGGUAUAACACUACAAGGUUGGCACACCUGUAUUUGGAGAGUUUCUCCCAUUCUUCUCUGUAGAUCCUCUCAAGCUCUGUCAGGUUGGAUGGGGAGCGUCGCUGUACAGCUAUUUUCAGGUCUCUCCAGAGAUGUUCGAUCGAGUUCAAGUCCGGGCUCUGGCUGGGCCACUCAAAGACAUUCAGAGACCUGGGUCAUUGUCCUGUUGGAAGGUUAACCUGGGUCAUUGUCCUGUUGGAAGGUUAACUUUUGCCCCAGUCUGAGGUCCUGAGUGCUCUGGGGCAGGUUUUCAUUAAGGAUAUAUCUGUACUUUGCUCCUUUCAUCUUUGCCUCGAUCCUGACUUGUCUCCCAGUCCCUGCCGCUGAAAAACAUCCCCACAGCAUGAUGCUGCCACCACCAUGCUUCACCAUAGGGAUGGUGCCAGGUUUCCUCCAGACGUGACGCUUGGCAUUCAGGCCAAAGAGUUCAAUAUUGGUUUCAUCAGACCAGAUAAUCUUGUUUCUCAUGGUCUGAGAGUCCUUUAGGUGCCUUUUGGCAAACUCCAAGCGGGCUGUCAUGUGCCUUUUACUGAGGAGUGGCUUCCGUCUGGCCACUCUACCAUAAUGGCCUGAUUGGGUGAGUGCUGCAGAGAUGGUUGUCCCUCUGGAAGGUUCUCCCAUCUCCACAGAGGAACUGUGGAGCUCUGUCAGAGUGACCAUCGGGUUCUUGGUCACCUCCCUGACCAAGGCCCUUCUCCCCUGCUUGCUCAGUUUGGCAGGGCAGUAGGAAGAGUCUUGGUGGUUCCAAGCUACUUCCAUUUAAGAAUGAUGGAGGCCACUGUGUUCUUGGGGACCUUCAAUGCUGCAGACAUUUUUUGGGACCCUUCCCCAGAUCUGUGCCUCGACACAAUCCUGUCUCGGAGCUCUACGGACAAUUCCUUCGACCUCAUGGCUUGGUUUUUGCUCUGGCAUGCACUGUCAACUGUGGAACCUUAUAUAGACAGGUGUGUGCCUUUGCAAAUAAUGUCCAAUCAAUUGAAUUUACCACAGGUGGACUCCAAUCAAGUUGUAGACUCAUCAAGGAUGAUCAAUGGAAACAGGAUGAAACCUGAGCUCAAUUUCGAGUCUCAUAGCAAAGGGUCUGAAUACGUAUGUAAAUAAGGUAUUUCUGUUUUAGUAGGUUUUUCUUGCAAACAUUUCUAAAAACCUGUUCUUGCUUUGUCAUUAUGGGGUAUUGUUUCAAUUGAUGAGGGGGAAAAAUAAUUUAAUCCAUUUUAGAAUAAGGCUGUAACGUAACAAAAUGUGGAGAAAGGGUCUGAAUACUUUCCGACUGCACUGGUGUUACAGAUCAUGAGCUUUUAAUCCAAGAGUAUUAUUAUAUUGUUAAUUGAUUGACAGUGGCUGUCCAAAUCUCCCCAGAGACUUAAUGUUGAAUCACCAUAUUUUCUUAUCUGUUCUUUCUAUGAUGCUGACUGAUUUUGCUUUCUGUUCUUCAGGUGUAAUGGGUUGAGGGAGUUCUCUCAGAGGGUAUUCUGCCAUGGACCACCUCCUUUUGUCAUUCUCAACAUGCAGCUUUGGAAGUCUGAGGAGCUGUCCUAUGUUCCCUACCAUCUGGCCCUGUCCCAACACAGGUAAAGAAAUCAUCCAGGCUCUGUCGUAGCUGGCCGCGACCGGGAGACCCAUGGGGCGGCGCGCACAAUUGGCCCAGCGUCGUCCAGGGUAGGGGAGGGAUUUGGCCGGCAGGGGAUGUAGCUCAGUUGGUAGAGCAUGGCGUUUGCAACGCCAGGGUUGUGGGUUCGAUAAAAUAAUGUAUGCACUAACUGUAAGUCGCUCUGGAUAAGAGCGUCUGCUAAAUGACUUAAAUGUAAAUGUAGAGCAGGAGGACUCAUAUCCCAGCCUCAUUGUCUUAGUUGCUGUUUAUUUUUCUCCCUGGAUGUUAAAUGUAAUUGAUUGGCGAUAUGUUUUUAUUUUGUUUAAACAGUAACCUACUUGCCUGUACUUUGCGAUUUGCACUGAUUUCUUUAAGCUUUUUCUGGUAACUGAGAAUGGUCUUUAACAUGCAGAAACAUCAAAUUGUAACUCCCUGCUUUUCCAUAGGUACUCACUGGAGGGCGCCACACUCUUCAACAAGGAAGAGCAUCACUACUCCGCAGCCUUCCAGAUAGACGGCUACUGGAUGCACUAUGACGGGCUGAGGAGCGACAACCUGAUCCUGUUAAACAAGCCCCCUGAACUCCUGCUGCUCUCUUCCCUUGUCUACAUCCGCGCCUCAGACAAAUGAGAUGCACUAAUGUAACCAAGCAGGGAUGGGGUCAGUUCUAUUUUUCAUUCCAUAAUUUCAGGACGAAUAGAAAUUCUCCUGAAUUUACUUGAAUUGAAAAGGAAUUGACCCCAAUUGUGUCACCAUGGUUCAGAAGGGACACAGAAUGAAGGAGGUAGACACUAGACAGCACUAAUAGGAAGGCAUCUUUUGAAAAUUGCACAUCUACACUAA